AUGGAGGCAGGAAGAACUUAUUUUGAGACACUGCUCAAGGUGAAGCAGACUUUAGGCAAUAUGGAAUGGUUAGAUUACAUCCCUAAAUGUGUAUCACAGGAACAGAAUGAUGGUUUGUGUUGCCCCCCAGACAAUGAGGAGAUUAAGAAAACCCUGUUUGGUAUGAAGAUAGAUAAUGCCCCUAGACCUGAUGAUAUGGGCGUUAAUUCUUUCAUAGCCUAUUGGGACAUAGUCAGAAAGGACUUGUGUGAGGCGAUUAAGGAAUUUUUGUGUAAAUCUAUCCCACCACUCACGUGGAAGUCCACAUUCAUAGCACUUAUCCCUAAAACCUUGGCCCUAAAAUCCUUUGCAGAUUUUAGACCAAUUAGCCUAUGUAAUGUCUACUAUAAGGUAAUUUCGAGGUUGGUUAGUAGACGACUGAAACAUAUUUUACCAUUGAUUAUCUCUCAAGAAUAG